GCCAACAAUCAGACCGUGGGUAACCUUUUCCGUUCCCCAUCCCGUUCAUAUGGUGCGUUGACUUCCUCCGUCGCCGUUAAAGCGGAGCUAUCAUGGCGGAGCGCGUACAGCAGCCCCCAGCCAAGCGGCUCUGCUGUAGACCGGGCUACGGCUCAACAUGUAGACAAGGCCAGCGGGCCGCGGGGGCGCCGUGCGGCAGCUCAGGAGCCACCCAGGGCGAAUCGAGCAGAACCCAGAGUCCGGAGACCCUCCUGGACAUCGCGGCGAGGAAAGUCGCCGAGAAGUGGCCGUUUCAGAGGGUAGAGGAGCGUUUCGAGCGGAUCCCGGAGCCCGUCCAGAGACGGAUCGUGUACUGGUCUUUCCCGAGGAGCGAGCGUGAGAUCUGCAUGUAUUCGUCGUUCAACACUGGCGGGGAGGAGAUCGGAAGUAGCGGGGAGAGCGGCGACGAGACGCGGCUGCCUUUCCGACGGGGCAUCGCUCUGCUGGAGAGCGGCUGCGUGGACAACGUACUCCAAGUCGGUUUUCACCUCAGUGGCACAGUAAGGGAACCCGCUACACCCUCUGAGCCAGAGCUAGUCUGCAAUGUGAGCGUCAGCUUCGACCGCUGCAAAAUCACAGCAGUGACAUGCAGCUGCGGCAACAAGGACAUUUUUUACUGUGCCCACGUUGUGGCACUCUCACUGUAUCGAGUACGGAAGCCAGAGCAGGUCAAACUGCGCCUGCCCAUCUCAGAGACUCUAUUCCAAAUGAACAGAGAUCAACUGCAGAAGUUUGUUCAGUACCUAAUCACAGUGCAUCACACAGAUGUGCUGCCGACAGCACAGAAGCUGGCAGAUGAAAUACUGUCACAGAACUCAGAGAUCAACCAGGUCCACGGAGCUCCUGAUCCGACAGCGGGGGCAAGUGUAGAUGACGAGAACUGUUGGCAUCUGGAUGAGGAGCAAGUCCAGGAACAGGUCAAGCUCUUUCUCUCCCAGGGCGGGUACCAUGGCUCAGGAAAGCAGCUCAACUUACUGUUCAGCAAGGUGAGAGAGAUGCUGAAGAUGAGGGACUCCAAUGGAGCUCGCAUGUUAACACUGAUCACAGAGCAGUUCAUGGGUGACCCUAGAUUGGCGCUGUGGAGGCAACAGGGGACGGCCAUGACUGACAAGUACAGGCAGCUGUGGGACGAACUAGUGACGUUGUCUCUGCAGGUGAGAGAGAUGCUGAAGAUGAGGGACUCCAAUGGAGCUCGCAUGUUAACACUGAUCACAGAGCAGUUCAUGGGUGACCCUAGAUUGGCGCUGUGGAGGCAACAGGGGACGGCCAUGACUGACAAGUACAGGCAGCUGUGGGACGAACUAGACUCGCUGUCUCGGCCUCACCGGACGGUCUUCACACGAGCCAUCGAGGCCUGCGACCUGCACUGGCAGGACCCCCACCUGCAAAACAUCAUUACGGAGGACCACUACACCAACUACUGCUACCAUGAGAACCUCGACUCGUCCCUCUUUGACACCCGAGGGUGGCCUUUGUGGCAUGAGCACGUCCCUACAGCGUGUGCCCGAGUGGAUGCCCUGAGAUCACACGGAUACCCCAAAGAAGCGCUCAGGCUGGCCAUCGCCAUUGUCAACACACUGCGGCGGCAGCAGCAGAAACAGCUGGAGCUCUUUCGCUCCCACAAAAAAGAGCUGCUAAACAGAGGAAUUACAGCAGUCACCAACCUGGAAGGAUGGGUGGGCCACCCUCUGGACCCCAUCGGCACUCUUUUCAGCACCCUCAUGGAGACGGGGAGGGGCAGCGAGGAGGGAACUCUACUUGAUUUCUCAGGCUCGCUGGGUUCAGGCAGAUGGACGGAGCAUCCGGUUUUCCCAGCGCAGCGUUUCUUGGAAGAAGGAGAGUCUUUCCUGUCGUUGGCCGUGGAGACAGCUCUCAUUGGACUGGGGCAGCAGAGAGUGAUGCCAGACGGCCUCUACGCUCAGGAGAAAGUGUGUCGCAAUGAAGAGCAGCUAUUGGGCAAGCUUCAAGAAAUUGAUUUAAAUGACAUGCUGGUGAAGAUCUUCCGGAAGCAAGCUGUCUUACUGCUAGAGGCUGGUCCUUACAGUGGUCUGGGGGAAAUACUCUACAGAGAGAGUGUCCCCAUGCACACUUUUGCCAAGUUUCUGUUCACCUCCCUGCUACCUCACGAUGCUGAACUGGCAUAUAGAAUUGCACUGAGGGCUAUGAGGUUGCCGGUCCUGGAGUCCACAAACCCCUCUAGUGACUUGUCUCGGCCUCACCACAUAGUGUCGGUGGUGCCCAACCGAUACCCUCGCUGGUUCACUCUAAGCCACAUAGAGACUCAACAGUGUGAACUGGCCUCCACGAUGCUCACUGCUGCUAAAGGUGAUGCUCGCAAGCUAGAAACUGUGUUAGAGUCAAUCCAGAAGAACAUCCACUCCUCCUCCCACAUCUUUAAACUGGCCCAGGAUGCCUUCAAAAUCGCCACUCUCAUGGACAGCCUGCCUGACCUCACGCUGCUCAAGGUUUCCCUGGAGCUGGGCCUUCAGGUGAUGAGGAUGACCCUGUCUACACUGAACUGGCGUCGGAGAGAGAUGGUGCGCUGGCUUGUCACCUGUGCUACUGAAGUCGGCGUGUUUGCUCUGGACAGCAUCAUGCAGAACUGGUUCACCCUCUUUACCCCCACUGAAGCAACCAGCGUUGUGGCUAGCACUGUCAUGUCCAACAGCACUAUUGUCCGCCUGCAUCUGGACUGCCAUCAGCAGGAGAACCUGGCCAACUCUGCCCGCACCUUAGCCCUGCAGUGUGCCAUGAAGGACCCCCAAAACUGUGCCCUCUCAGCUUUGACACUCUGUGAAAAGGACCACAAUGCCUUUGAAACAGCCUAUAAGAUUGUACUGGAUGCAGCUGCCACUGGAAUGAACUACACACAGCUGUUUACAAUAGCACGCUACAUGGAGCACCGCGGUUAUCCAGCAAGGGCAUACAAACUAGCAACGUUAGCCAUGACUCACCUGAACCUAAGCUACAACCAAGACACACACCCGGCCAUUAAUGAUGUGCUCUGGGCAUGUGCUCUCAGCCACUCCCUGGGUAAAAACGAACUGGCAGCCGUCAUCCCUCUAGUGGUGAAGAGUGUGAAGUGUGCCACUGUCUUGUCGGACAUUUUACGCCGGUGCACUCUAACAACACCAGGUGGCAUGGUGGCACUACACAGUCGCAGAAACUCUGGAAAGCUGAUGUCUCUGGACAAAACUCCACUCAGGCAGCUACUGGACGCCACAAUCGGGGCCUACAUCAACACAACGCACUCUCGGUUGACGCACAUCAGCCCACGCCACUACAGCGAGUUCAUCGAGUUCCUUAGCAAAGCCAGAGAAACAUUUCUCAUGGCACACGACGGACACAUCCAGUUCACACAGUUCAUAGACAACCUAAAACAGAUAUACAAGGGCAAGAAGAAGCUCAUGAUGCUUGUUCGAGAGAGAUUUGGUUAAAAGACGAUCAUAUGACCAAAUUGUAUUUUUGUUGUUGUUGUUUUGUUUGUUGUCUCCUUUUUUAAAAUCCUUUCUAACUUGAAGUGAAAAUCCACCUAAAACAACUUACAUGUGAAUCUUAUUUCUGUGCUUUAGGACUGCUGGGUCUGAUGGAUAACAAACACAAUUUCCUCAAGACAAUUAUUUAAGACUGUGACGUUAAAACGUUACCAAGCUUGAUCACACACAGAUUCUAGUGUUGGGUAGCCAACACUAGAAUCUGGCCCAAAAGGUUUUAGAGUAAAGUUUAAAAUUUGGAGGGGAAAAAAAAGACUGUAAACCAUAUGCGCAACACCCGGGGCCAAGACUAAAACAGAGUGUACACACUUUUUUGUUUGGGAGAUUUGAGGCUUUUCAUACCGGUUCUGUCCUUAUCCAGCUUAUUUCACCAUAAAUAGAUAUACAAAUGCACCGAGUCUUUUGUCACAUAAAUAAUUCUGAAUGUAGACUUAGUUGCUACUGGUGGAUAGCUAAUGGCUAUACUGUGACUAUGUUUGUUCCAAGAUAGUUGCUCUUAUAACACAUACAAUUGUGAUGUCGGCCAAGACAGUACUGUAAAUACAGACGUUCCCAUUGGGGCUUUAAUCAGACAUUAUGUAACUUGUAAAUCAUCUUCACCCCAGUAGCAGUAGCUACAACCAUAGUCAUAACUGCAGCAAGAGCAAUGCCCAAAAGCUUUAUCUGCUAGUGAUUAUAUUUAGCCUUCGAGAACCAGAAGAAGGAAUUUACCUUUAAUGGCCACUCAUCACCACAUCCUAGAGUCAGUGUGGCAUCAUCAUAUUAGAGACACAGAAAAGCAACAAUUUUUCUUAUUUGACAGUAUUCUUUUGAAAAUGUUUUUAAUUAUUUAAAUAGUUGCCAACUAUUAUUUUCUGUUGAUCCACGGAUAGAUUAAGUAAUUGGAUCUCUAAUUAAAUGUAUUACUUUGAACUGCAAUAUAAUCACAAAGUUAUAGGUACCGCUCCACCAAUUUGUGAUGUUGUAGCGCCAAACCAUAAUUCUUAUUAAAUGUUUAAAAGAUAAGCAGGAAUUACAUUUUAGAGUUCCUGUUCAGACUGUUCAGGGAGUUCUUCCUUCCCACUGACAACAAGUGUAUGAUAAUGGUAGAGUUAUUUCUCUAACGUUGUAUGGUCUUUUCCUUAAAGCACUUUCAAAUGAUUCUGGUUUAUGAUGGCAUAAAAAACCAAGUAUGCAACUCAAAUGAAAUGUAAAUCCGUUGCUUUUUGGUGUCUUAACAGUAUAGACACUGAAAAUCUUGGAGUGUUCACCAAUACCAAACAUUUUUGUCUAUUUAUUUUUUGCUGCUUUCUGAUGUUUAGAAGGUACCCCGCCGACCACCGUUAGCAUUAUGCAGCAGAUUUUUUUUUUUUGUUUAAAUGUAGCUCACAGAAUUUUUUUGUGUCAACACACCAACAAACUUGGCAGUUAUCUUUCAAAGGCAGCAAAUAAUAAGACCGCUUACUAACAAGCGUAAAUGUAUAAAGUGUAAUGAUUUUGCGAUGUUGUAUGGGGGAAGAAACACUUGCCUUCAUUUCUAAGAAAACUCCACAGGGUACCUUUAAUAGACCAGACUUUUUAAACAUCACUUUAUCUGUGGGAGUGUUGUACACACUGUUUAUACAUCUGGCCCCUGGUAUUGAUGUGUCAAAACAAAAAAACCCAAAAACUAUGUAUUUAGUUUGCAAAACUGUCACUUUGUUUGAAGAUUUUGUUUUCCAUUACAUACAAACGUGAGAGGGUUUUACGCUGAGUAUUUCCUGUAUUGUCCAGUGGCAAAAUGUCUGCCUUGCACUGCUCCUGCUUUCCUCGGCUAAUGCUCACAGCCUCAAAGAGAAGACAAAUGGCUUUAAACCAAAUGGACCAUUUGAAGUGACGAGUACCUCUUUUAAAGGAUCCAGCUUUACUCUUCCCCCCAGGCCUCCUCACCCAUCUGCUCAAGAAAGGCUCUAAAUCCACCGUCAAAAUUCAUUUCGCUGCCAUUUCCAGGCUGGUUGUUUUGGCUUUGCAGUGUUGUCGCAAACGUUCAGUAUGCUUAUUUGACGGACACAUUUGCCACGAUAGCACGACGACAAACCAUCGCAGUUCUUAUCCUCGUGGAAACUAUGUAUAUUCUCAGGGAUUUCUCAAAAAAACAAAACAAAACAAAAAAACCCCGAAACAAACAAACAAAAAAAAGGCAGAAAAAAGAACAAAAGCAUUUUAUUGUCCUGUGUAUAUAUGAAAGUAUAUGUCUGAAUAUUGAAAAAAUGUAUAUGUUAACUAAUUUAUGACAGAAUAUUCUAUGUAAGACACAAUACUUGAAGCUGCAGUAAUUUUGGAAACAAGCGAAAAACAAAACAUAUCAGAAGGACUUCUAAACGUUGGCCUGGCAUUGCAUUAUGGGCCCUGUUUGGGCUCUGCAGACAUGAAAUGAACUGCAGAAAGUGGCCGGCAGGAAGUGGAUGUGCAGAGUGGGUAUUAUCCAGAGCACAGAAGUGUACUGAGGGGUUUUACAAGUCAUUGAAGGAGGCAGAGCGGCAGCAACAUACAGCUGCCAACUGCUGCUGUUCUCUCAUUGUGGUCAAGUCUGCCUCAUUCCACCUUCUGCAGUGAUUCGCUCACAAAAUGAAGCUUUUUUUUAAGUCCAUGCCUUUUCUCACUUCUUGACUUUGUGCAGGACAGAAAGUUGCUCUGUACAACAGGUCUUGACUGUUCCACUUCAUUUUUAAAAAAUUGAUUUAAUUGUAAUGUUAUUGUCUCUUCCUCUUUAACUUCAUGUCUCUAGAAUUCCUCACACAAGAACAGCCUUCUUUCUUGCCUUGUCUUAAUGCUUUAAAAUAACCAAAUGGGAGUUCUAACUACCAAACUCUUUUCAUACGCAAACUGACCAUGAUGAUGGCCUUUUAGUGUCUUUGAUUUGUAGCUGAACUGGCUCUGUAUUCUGUGCUUGAAAAGCUCAUCUCAUCUUCUUCAGUGUCGUCUCUUAGAGGUCUACUAGUAGCUCUUUUGUUUAGAAAUGAAUGAUGUGCCCUUUUAUUUAUUAUAUUAGGUAAAUGAUUGUACAACCAUGUCAACAUGCUCAUGAAGUUAAAACUAAGAUUUGAUACACUGAUCGAUUUAUUUAUGUAACUAAAUCACUGUUUUAUAAAGUUGUUAAUGAAUCAACACUUUGCUUUAAUUAAAUUAGAUUUUUGAGAGGAAAA